UUUUUAAACCCCAGCCAACUCAUUGGGUAGACAAAAUUGUUUGUUCCCAGGAAUAGUGUAAGUUGUAGUGUAGGUAUUUUUCAUGCUGCUGUAGUGCCUACUUUAUUAUGUCCACGACUAUAGGUAUACCACUUAACUGAGUCCUCGCCAGCGGGGUAAAAGGUGUGGGGGAGGACGACAACGGACAAAAUAUUUAAUACCUCACGUUUUAUUUUUAGAUUCAUUCAAUUAAUGUCGAUGUAUCUGAUGAAAAAAAACAGAUCCCACGAAGAGUACACUGAAGCUAUUUUUAACUUCUAUUUUAGUCCCAGGAUACAUUUUGUUUGGAAGAGGGGCAGACAGUUCAAUCUAUACCUACCUACCUGUUGUUUAGCACGGCCUCAUAAAUACUUGGUACCGGCGCAAUAAAUUUUAGCCUUGAUCAAAAACGGAGGAGAUUGUAUUACUAGUGAAUAUUAAAUCAUGGAUAACAUUACAUGGAUCAAGUUUCCCAAAACUGACUAAUUUUUUCAACCAGGUUUAAGAGCUUUAUCUAGCUUUAUUCAUUCAAUUGUGAAUUUUUGGACUUAAAGUAACUUGAUGUGAUGUUGGUACAGAAUUACACAAAUACUUAUCAUAUCCAGUUUGUCCUGUUCUCGUGGCAAGAAGCUAAAACAUUCAUAUAAGUACCUACUUUUUACGUAGAACAAAGAAUGAAGAAGGGUUUUUUUUUCUUUUGAAUAUGAUGUUAUUUUUUUUAAACUACGUAAUGAUUCCUCGUCAAUUUGUCUGCAUAGAAUUAUCGAUUGUCCAUACCUAUAAAUUUAUUUCGCGUUGAUAUCUAUAUAUUUAUUUACUUACAUUAUUCAAUUUCAUGGCUUAAUAACAUGAUCUCUAAAGGCUCCCAUACAAAACUGCGAUGCGAUGUCACAUCGCAAGUUUCUGUGAUUGAAUUGAAUUGCUGCGAUGCAAAUCUGUGCCAAUCUGUGCAGCAAUACCUUCAACGGUAGUCAGCCGUAUUGGACAUGUUAUAGUAAUAGUGACAUGGAUCGCAAUAAGAUUAUUGCACUGCUGUUAUUGUUAAAAGGAUAUAGAAGAAAAAGAAGAUUUUGGGUUCAUCCAUUUAUUACGCUUAUGAACGCUGAUAGAACUAUUUUAAUCGAAUACUAUGGUUUGAAAACAGAAGAAGAUUUUUUUAUUAUUAUUUUAGAAUGAGCAUAUCUUCAUUUGCUGAAGUUUUAAGUUUAUUAUCACCUUGUCUACAAAAAUUAUCGUACCAGGGAAAUCUCCGAGCGAACUAAAAUGGUGUCAAGUGUGACGUAAUAUCUCAGAAAUAUGCGUGAUCGCACUAAAGUCUCAUUAGAACACAUUGACUGAAUCACGAGAUUGACCACUUGUGUGAAUGAACGAUACUUUGAAUUUGUUAAAUUGUUCCGUGGUACAGUGCUACACCGUUCCUUGGGAGGCUUAACUAUUCCUAAACUAUGCGGUCAACCGCCAUAACUCACUCGAGCCAAACAGUACUAUUAGCGAACGGAUACGACCUUUUUACCAAAGUGGAAACUCGUUGUACUUUACUAAUUCCGUCAGAAUCAACCUUUGAUCUAAUCUGAAUGGUAUUAAAAGUUGUAUAGUUCAUUAUAAAGUUUAAUGUUAAUUCGAAAACAGUUACGCUUAUGAAAUGUGCCUUACUUGUAUAUAAAUAAAUAUGGUUUAAAUCUUUAAAUGCAUCAGCCAGCUACUAAACAUCCUUUAUUAUAUACUAAACCAGUGUAAGUCUAUCGAGGUAUUCAAUUAUAACAUAAUCUUGAUAGACCAUUCUCAAUUACGACAAUUGAGCUAGCUGAUACUGUUAAUACAACCAAAGUAAAUUAUGAAUAAUGAUGUGUAAAUUCAAAUGAAUGACAGUAUCAGAAUUUAGUGUCGGAAACUUUCUUUUUUUUAUGCUUUAAAAGAGUACUGGCUUCAAUUUGCCAGUGUUAUAGUGAUAAUAUUAAAUAUACUUAUGAUACAAAUAUCCAUUUCUUAGGCCCAGUUGUUUGAUACAGUUAAAUUUAACUAAGUAUUAGUCAAUGUCAAGGCAAGUUUCUAAGACCUAGUUGUUUGAUAUAGUUAAAUGUAACUAUUAGUCAAUGUCAAGUCAAAUACAUAGUACAAUGUAGUCAGUAAAUGGUUUCUGUUACCAAUGUAUAUUACAACUUUAGUCACAUUUAACUAUGUAUCAACGAACGGGUCCUAAGACUGCCUUGUUUCAUCCAUAGUUAAAGUUGUCAAAUUUCAACAAAUGGAUUUUUUUUCUCUAGUAUUUUAGCUAUAGUCAAAUUUAACUAUAAAUGAAACAAGGCGGCCUUAGUAAGCAACUUUACUCUCUGGUUGUUUGAUUUCUUAGGGCCCAACACUAGAAACAAAAUUUUAAAUUAAUUUCAAAUAAUGAAUAAUCAACGUUCUAAUUAUGAAUAUCUUAAAAUAAGUGGAGCUUUCCAUUAAUUUCCACCUUCUUAAUUAAUUACUCAACGAAAUGAUAAUAAAUGUAUACCUACUCUAAAUAAAUGUUCCAAAAGAUUGUUUAGCCUACGUUGUUUAUAAGAUUUCAUAAUAAAGAGAGGAGUUUUACUCAAUAUAUAAAUAGUUAAUAUUAUAUAUUUGUUAUUCAGUGACGUACGAAUGCCGGUCCAAUUUGAAGAAUUUAUUUCUUAUUAGUAACUUAUUGCUUAAAUGAGUUAGUCACAUCGUAGCGACUACGUUGUACAUAUUCUCAUCUGUAUGGGCUUCUAAGGCAUGCAACUUAUAGUGGAUUUCGACAAGGAAUUCUGCUUACGGCUCGCCGCAGCAAUUUCAGCUAUGCCUCAUUUAAUUAGUAGAGCAUUUGUAGGUAUAUCUAAGUCACUUGAUUCUUUAGCACCAACAAUAAAUUAUAUCGUAAUAACGAGUAUAAUAUUAAUACUUACUUGAAAAACAUUUGUGCCUUAAUAGUAAGUCGAUUUUAGCUUAAUCAACUUUUGGAUCAGCGCUGUACCCGAUUCCUAUUUGGGAGUACAAGAAAACUUAAUAUGUCAACCUAAAUAAACCUUUAAAGGGCUUUUUAGGUAGUAUUUUUCUUGUAUCGUUACCAGUGAAACUUUGUUUGUUGACAUCAUCAUUUCAGAAGAGAAUUUUUCGUACCUAAUUGAAUACUUCCUCCUCAGCCUCCCUCGUUUGACUGUUGAGAGGUCGUUGAAUAAUUAAAAAUCGGUUUUUCUGCGUAAAAAUUUCUUCCGCACAGGAUUAAUUCACGUUCUGAAUCAUGAAGUGUUUUUUCCGCUCAAAGCCCGCUAAAACAUUUUCCUUUUAAUAAAUAAACGCUUUUUAAGAGAUGCUUGUUUUGUACGACUCCUAACAGCGCGCAGUUGUUUAAAUUUAAAAGCUUACAAAUUAUGUGAUGACACGAAUUUAUAUCUAAAGAAAAUAUAUCUAGAAAAAAAUCCGCGUGGACCAGGCAGCAGACGGGACUCG